CUUCCAUCGAUAUACCACUACCCUUUGAUCCGACCACCUCCCCGUUACAACAGCGAUGAGCGCCUACAGCAAGCAGAAGAACGAGGAGCUAGCGACGCUAUGCAAGCAGCGUGGCCUGCCUCACACCGGAAAGAAGGCGGAUCUGGUUAAACGUCUCGAGGAGCACGAUGCACAGGACGGUUCAGGAUCCGCGACUGCAAAGCCCGCGGCAAAUGACGACGAAAUCGAUUGGGAUGACGAGACUGCGACCGAUGCCGCAAAGGCCGCAACAAACCAAGCUUCCGCCAACGCGAUCGCAGCUGGAGGGGUCGGCGAGGUUGCCAAUCCACUUGCGGUACCGAACCAAGAAGCUGCAAUCGACCCUUCUGCCACCAAUGACUUGACUGUCGUCGCGCCCGAGCAAAAGGAAGACGAGGCUGAUGAGGCGUCGAAGAUGGCACAGCGCACACUUGCAACGGAGAUUGAGAAGCGCAAAGCACGCGCGCGCAAGUUUGGAAUGCCCGAGGACAGCGAAGAGAUCAAAGCAUUGGAGCGAUCGUUGAGGUUCGGAGGAACAGACUUGCCCGGCCUGUUGAAUAAGGCUCUCCCAGAGAAGUCAGAGAAGAAGCGGGGCAGGGAAGGCGCGGAGCAUGAUGGAGGCAUUCGAAAAGCAAGCAGAGGCAGGCAAGGGCCGGCUCAGAAAGCCAAGCCGACCACUGCGAAGGGCGAAACACCGAAAGCUGCGAAUGGCAGCGCCGGAGCUGCGGCUGGUUUCCCGUCUUGGAUGACCGACAAAGAUCGAGAGGCCGCUGAGCGACGGAAGGCCAAGUUUUCCGCAGCGACCUAGACAGAGGGUCGAGCGCGCGAUGUUACGAUCGAUUUGCAUGGAUG